AUGUGCGGGACGGCAACACCCUUACCACUCGCUCGCUCUCUCUUUCUGUUUCUCUCUCUCCACCUCUCCCCUCUUCCUUCGCGACUCGGCCGCAAGCUGCCGCAUACCAUGCCGCGGCCUAUUCUCAACACGUCCCACUCUCCCACACUGCUUGGGAGCCUCGCCGGGCCGGCAAACGGCUAUCGCUUCCACACUGGCCACAAGCGCGAACUCAUGGAUUGGCCAAGUCUCAGAGUGCACAGUUAUCUGUCGGUCAAGGUACAUAGCUUUGCACAUAAUCCCACCUCUGCAUGUGGCUUCGGCCUCCAAGAGCGCGAGGCAUGGCUGCAUGCCCGUCUCAUCUAUGCGUCGCCGUGA